AUGAAUUUGUUCAUGGACUGCUUAUCCAUUUACGCCCUUACCACCCACCUCUCCCGGAUCCUCUUCGGCAACCGCCCGUUUCAUCUGAAGUCCCAGCUCCCAAACGAGGACCUCGAUUCACUCAUGUCCGUCACCACUGAUGACGACCUCCAGAAUAUGCUGGAAGAGCACGACUGCAUCUCCGCCGUUACGUCCCCUACACCAUCCUGCAUCAGAUUAUUUCUCUUCCCCAUAAAGCCAGAGUCUUCAAGUUCAACGCUUCUUGAUCCGAAAGCUGACUCGUGGUUUUCUGAUGCUCUAAAUAACACGAAGAUUGUUCAGAGGGGUCAGUCUGCUGAUGCUGCUGGUUUGGGUCAGGGACUAAUGGGUUUGGAUAUUUUGGGUAGAUCGGAUUGUAAUGUAGCCUUGGAGAAUCCAGCUAAAAGCAUGAGUAAUAAUGAUGCUGAGGCUAAGGAAAUCAGUGGGGCUGUGCCGGAAUCGUUGGUAUUAGAGAGUAGCUCGUCCUUUGGGUCAACUAGUUCUUUAGUUUUAAUGUCAAAUGAAGGCCAGCUGUUGGGUCCAUUGUGA